AUAAGCCCGGUUUUUCAAAUGACUCAAAUUGCUGUAGAAAUGACAUGGGAAGAACGUCAAGAAAAAAUUGAAAGUGUUCGAAAUAUAGCCAUUAGGAAUCAAAUUAUAGGUUCAGUGAAUUAUGAUGCACAAACAUCAUCUUAUGAACGAUCAGAACCUAGCACAAUUAAUUUCAGUGAUAGUAUAAAUGUUUCAAUGCUUGAUGAUAAUGAAAAUAAUAGCAAAAACAUAACCGAAGAGAUUGAUAAUAAGGAAGAUGAUACUAAUGAAAAUAAAACAAACAUAAGCACCUUGAAUACUGCUGACAGACUUAAUUGCCAUCCAGCCGAUCAUAAAAAUUCAAAAAUUGAAUUACAAUAUCUUUUUUCGCGCGUCUUAACCCAACCGUCGUUCGUUCGCACUAUUGAACAAGAUAUUGAAAAUAUCGAAGAAAUACAAUAA